AGCUUCCCUGGCAGGCAUCAUCCCCCUCAGCCAGUCUGACCGCCCACAGUCCGGGGGGAGAAAGUGCUGCUUUGUGAAUGAAGGGAGCGGCGGUGGACAGAAAACAAAACUUUACCAACAUUAUUUCCGUCGGGCAACGAUUUUUACAUUCAGCGGAGAGGUUUCGACGGCGCAACAAGCUACACCUGGACGACAAGGAGCACGAAAAACACAGAGCUCCCCUGCUGUUCAGGCAUUUCAGAGAAGCUGUAAAUCAUGGUGGUGAGUUUAGCCUGCGUGGUCUGUCUCUGCGUGGUGGUAGUCAGCAGUGAACCCUGCCUCAUCAUCAGCGAGAUCAAUGCUGACAACCCAAGACUGGACACCACUGAGUUUGUGGAGCUGUAUCACACCAGUGGACAGCGAGCUUCACUGGACGGCUACACCCUUGUCUUCUAUAAUGGAAAUGGAAAUAUAGCCUACAAGGUCCUGGACCUCAAAGGCCACAGCACAGAUGACAGAGGUUUCUUCCUGGUGGGCUCGGUGGACAUGCUGCCCAAACCGUCCAUCCUCCUGCCUCCAAACACAGUCCAGAACGGCCCAGACGCCAUUGUCCUCUACCACACAUCUGCUGCACGCUACAGCGAGAAGAUGAACGUCACAGCUGUUGGGCUGGUGGAUCGCUGUCGUGUACAUGACUCGCCGCACUGGAGGUGCAGAGUUCCUCGCUGAAACUCUAAUGCCUGGAGAACAGGCCUUCGUCGAGGAUGAAACUGCUCUCGAGGGGGACGAGUCGAUUGAGAGGUGCCUGCUGUCUGAAGAUCGCUGGGGCUUUCAGGUGUCCUCGCCAUCCCCAGGUCAGCGGAACAACUGCACUCCGCCUGCUGCCCCAGCAACCAGCCCAGUCAUUACAGAGCUGAAGCUGGGAGGAGGGCAGGUGGAUGGGUUUGUGGAGAUAACAGACGCCCCAGCUGCUGGUCCUCUGGUGCUGGUGGUGUUGGAUGGGAAAACAGACAGGGUCAGUGUGAGUGUGGACGUGGAUGUGGAGACUUCAAGGAACUUUUUGAUCUCCAUGACCAUUGAGAAGAACUACAUGAAAGGCGAUGAGUCCGGGGCAGUGGCCGUUUACAGCGGCAGAGCCUCUGACUUCCCUGUGGGCUGUCCUCUGAGCCAGAUACAGCCUUUAGACGCGUUUGUGUUUGCUGGACCUGGAAACAAGCCCAGUGCCAACCUCACUGAGACUCUCAUCCCAGGCAGACAGCCCUACCAACUCAGCAACAGUUUGAGAGAGGGUGGUUUCUAUCUGAGUCGCUGUGGUGUGGCCUCCUGGGCCAGAGAUCCAGGUGUCUUCUGGGAGGCCCCGCAAACUCCUGGGAUGCCCAACCAGUGCCCCUGGCCAAAGAUCUGCCCUCACAGUUUUGUGAUUCCAGGAGGUACAGAGUCACCGCCUCAUCUCCCGCCAUGGGGAAACAGUGACUUCCUGAUCAACGAGCUGAACACUGAUACACCUGGAGCGGCUGAGGAUGGCGAGUACAUCGAGCUUUGGCACCCAUCAGGUCGCCGGGUAUCCCUGCAGGGGAUCUGGAUUCUGCUGUUCAGCGCACACAACAACAAACCCUACAGGGAGAUCAGCCUGAGUGGACAUUUCACCACUUCUAAGGGUUACUUUCUGCUGGGCAGCGACAGGUUGGUGCCAGCUCCAUCACUUCGUCUGCCUCCAAAUACCAUCCAGAAUGGACCAGACGCUGUGGCCCUCUAUCGUAGCCCUUUUGGCCCACCAUCAGCUGCACAGCGGGGGAUUCCAACUAAAGGCCUGCUGGAUGCAGUGGUGUACCGGCAGAGAGGAUCAGAUAAAGAGGCACAGGAGCUGAGUAAAGCUCUGACCCCAGGACAGUUGCCUCUUCUUGAGGAUCCAGAGGUUCUGCCUGGUGAUGAGGCUCUCAGCCGCUGUCGAGGCCUUUACCCCUAUGACCUGUCUGCUUUUUCAGUGGCUCCACCUACUCCUCUGAGGGAGAACAGCUGCCCACGCCCACCCCCAGCCCCCGAAGGUGUGGUCAUCAGUGAGGUGGCUAGUGGCCACUGGACCAAUCACAGCCAACAGAGGGCCUUCGUGGAGCUGCAUGGGCCCCCCAUGACUGACCUGCGAGGCUUGGUGCUCUCUGUGUUUGACCAGGAGCGCAGUGGGACGGUCAUUGCGCUUCCUUUGACUGGAUCUAUUGAUCAAGAUGGAUUUUACAUUGUUGGAAAUGUCACUGGAGCAGAUCAGACUUUCCCGGAAGGCUCCACGGUACCGGUACGAGGAGCAGUAGUCCUGUGCUAUGACCUGUUCAGUGUCUGCCGAGCCGGCACAGCUCUGACCAACUCCAGUCUCAGAGAUGUUCUUGUGUUCAGUGAAAACCAGCAGCUGCUCUCCUCUCUGUCCACCACCAGAGGGAGACAAGUGAUUCCAGCUCUCAGGUCAGUGGAGGAUGGUCCUGUCUCUCUCAGCCGGUGUUCAUGCUGUGAAGUGAGGAGCCCCUCCUCUUGGACGAGCUCCUCCCCGACACCUCACAGCUCCAACCUCUGUCCAAGCCCUGCCUUCUCAAGUCAAAUUGACCUCUGUCUCGGACCCCUGUCCAGUGACGGGCACGGAGCAGUCAGGAGACUGCAGUGGUCUGAUACAAGGGAAGAGAGUUGCUGAGGUGGCUGAUUACCUGGAGAAAAGGUGUCACUGUGGCAUCUCUGCUUUGUAUCUCCAAGGAGCCAACUUUUCUUGCGUUUCUGGGUGGCUGCGAGUGUGGGGGAACAUCCAGGCACUGUCAGACCAUCAGAAGGCCCUCAUCAUCCAGACGUCGCACAUGAAUCCUCCUUCUGCUCAGGGAGACGUUUGCUCUUCUCCCACCACAGACCGUUACACGAGCACAGCAUCCACCCUGGGGUUACAGAUAGGGCUGAUCAUAGCGGUGCUCCUGCUGCUGGGACUAGGAGCUGCUCUGUUCACAUAUUUCUACAGGAGGAGGCGUCCUCUGGACUAUUACACCAUGGAGCUGAGUGAACAUGCAGAGGGGCUGUCAGAUCUAUAAUCUCUGGCUUUAAUCACCGCAUCUGCAUCUGGAAGUGCUCGUUUUUUCGUGGGAGGACUUCAACAGAGAGAGAGCGAGAGACGGGGGUAAUCAGAGGUUAAUUUGACCUGCACAUGACUGAUUGUGUGGUUGUUUUGAGAUGAAAUGCCACCACAAGUGUCCUUCUCUGUGUCUUUGGGAGAUCACUGAUAAAAAUGACUUAAUUGUCGUAACUGUCCGUUAACAGCGUGGUGGCACUCAGUGUGUGAUAUUUCAUGGCGCCGGUGACACUUAAGACGUCAUAUCAGGCAACCCAUGUGUUGAAUUUUAAACCGUAAGAUAAUAUCAUAUUUAGUGUACAACCUUUGCCUGUGAACGUUGUCAGUUACAACUUUUAAAGGAAGAGGAAGAUAAAAGGGAGGAUUAUUUUUAAAUACUUGAGUCCUAAAUGGUCAUUUUUGUUGACUUGUUUAUGUUACUGUGGAAAAAGCCUGUAAAUUUAAAAUUUGAACGGCCAUGCUCUUGAUUUAUACAAGAAGCUCUAUCAAUCUAUCAAAUGAACUUCUAGUCAUCACAUUCUCAGCUGGUACUACAGUGUCUUAACAAAAGGCUUUAUAACCAACAUAAUUCUUGUUAAGCUCACAUUUAUUCUUCAAAAUGGGUCAACUUCUUGCUUUAUUUUCCUGCUACAUGCUGAUAAUAGUCCAGUUUAGACUCUAGAGACUCUAAGGGCUUGAAUGUCUUUUAAAUGUGAAUGUCUGUAGCUAACUUGUGAUGUGUGUCUGUAACCACUUCUGUAUGCUUACUUUAAAGCGAACUGUUUACAUUUUAAUGAUUGAAUCUUAGCGAAAAAGGGGAUGUGAGAGGCAGAUGUUGAAGUAAUUUCUUGAAUGAAGAGUAUUUGUUUUCACUUGGUGUUAAGAGAGAAAAAGGAAUCCGAGCUAUUUUAUGUUUCACUUGUGUUUUUAGUGGCUUAGAAACCUCUACUGUGCCUUUGACCUGUGUGUUAUUUGAUCAGCUGAUUCCUCGUUUAUUAGAGGGAAAAUACAGCCAUCUCUGCUGCAGCCAUAAGUGUAAAUACUAGGGAUAUGAUGUUAGUAUUCUCAGGGGGGAAGCAUGUGUGGCCAGUCUGAAAUGAUGUCUCACUGAUUGGUUAGUUUGAUUCCACUUUUUAAACAGAAAAUUCAAAGUUAUACAAAAUAAACAUAAAGUUGCCAAGACAAAGUGCCAUGAAGAAAACAUAUAGGCUUGGAUAUGCUCAAUUUUUGAUAAUGUCAGUGUGCCGCUCACCUUAUAAUGUUGCCUUAAUCGUCUGCAGAGAUGCACAGCAUUUCAGUUUGUUUGCUUUAAUUACCUUGGUGAGGACUUUUUCCUCCCUAGUGCCAUUUCCUGCAAUUCUAUUGUCUCAAUAUUGACAUUAUGUAACACACAACAAAAUUAACCCAGUGAAAUCAGAUUUAUUUUACAGCAGCACUGCUGCUUUCAUAUGAGUCCAGCUGUUUUGUAAAAAUGAAAAACUAAGUGUAAAACCAGCAAAAUCAUGUAAAUUAAGACCUUUUUUUUAGCUUUCAAAGUGAUAACAUAUGAUGUUUUACCCUUGAAUUACGUCAUGUAAUGUUCUGGAAAUGUCUGUUACUGUAAGCUUAUAUAUUUUUGAGGAUUUGCGUAAAUAGUAAUAUGUAGUUAGUUUUAACAUAAAGUAGAGGGAGGCAAUUGCACCUCAAGAUGGCACCCCAAAUAAUAUACUGACAUGCAAAUGUGUUGACCCUUGAAGAGAAUAAUAAAAGAAGCUACACAGUGCUGAAUGUUGCUGAACCCAGGUUGAUGCAAUCACUUCGGCUCAGAGCACUUGUUUAAUAUGAGAAUCACAUUCUUCCGUAUAUAUUACAAUGCCAGUCUGGACACACCUACUCAUUCAAGGGUUUUUCUUUAUUUUACUGUUUUCUUUAUUGGAGGACAAAACUGAAGACAUCAGAAUUAUAAAUGAACACAUAUGGAGUUAUGUAGUAAACCAAAAAAAGUGUUAAACAAACACAAAAUCUGUUUUAUAUUUUAGAUUCCUCAUACAAGCCUUCCUCGCCUUCUUAAUGUACUGUGGUAGGGUUGGUAAACAGCAAACAGCCCUGUUCGGCUACCAUAGUCUUCCAUAUUUUUCCAUAAUUACUUGAAGACAUGAAGGUCAGUCAAUCUAGAAAAUUUUAAGAGCUUUGAAAGUUUCUUCAAGAGCAGUCGCAAAAACCAUUGAAGUCUAUGAUGAAACUGGGUCUCUCAUGUCUCUCAUGAGGACCACUCCAGUAAAGGAAGACAAGGAGUUUCCACUGCUGCAGAGGAUAAGCUCAUUGGAAUGACUAGCCUCAGAAAUCUCCAGUUAACACCAGACCAGUGGAACUAAGACCAGUCCAAAUUUGCUGGUGAACGGAUGGUAUCUGCAUGUGUGGUACCCACCAUGAAGCAUGGAGGAGGAAUGAUGGUGUGAGGAUGCUUCACUGGUGACAUUGCAGGUGAUUGUUUCAGAAGUAAAGGCACGGCUACCACAGCAUUCUGCAGCAACAUGCCAUCCCAUCUUUGUUUUUCAACAGGACAAUGACCCAAAACACACCUCCAGCCUAUGCACAGGUUAUUGGACCAAGAUGGAGUGCUGCCUCAGAUGGCCUGGCCUCCUCAAUCCCUUGACCUAAACACUGAAUGAGAUGGACUGGAAUGAGUUGGACUAAACUACAUUGUGGGAAAAUAACAGACACAAAGAAAAAACACUGAAUGAGAAGGUGUGUCCAAACUUUUGACUGUUCUGUAUAUAUACUGCGCAUAUAUAGAGAGAGCACUGACAACAAUCGUGGCUGAACAAAGUUUUUUAACCUCAGUUGAGCAGCAGUUUUUAAGUCUAACAUAACUUCAAGAAAAUGUCAAUAAUUCACAAAUCACUAGAAGUCUGUGUACAUGCACUAAAUAUUCAUGGUCAACAGUACUUAAACACUGAAAAAACAUGUCACAGAAAACACUGGAAAGAAAACUUUGUAUCAUUUGCAUCCCCAGGUCAUGAUUUUAUAAGCUUUUUUUUUUUUUUUUUUCAGUUUAUGCUCUCCAGUUUAUCUCCCCUGUUUCCCUCCGGAGUCAUGCACGUGUAGCAGGUUUGAAAUAAAACACUUCCACAGAUGUGCAA